GUGUGCCCGAGCUGUCUUGUCACGGCAGCGGUUCUCCUUGUACGUGUGCCGUCUUCCCUGGACGGAGCGUCUGCUCUCUUUGCGGUGCCAUUUUGUGUAUCGCGAGCACUGAAACGGUCUACACGGCGGUGGCAGCCGGAGCGGUUUCCGUGGCGAUGGACCCUCCCAGCCCUGCGGCGCCCGGCGGGCGGGACGAGCGGCGGCGGCAGGAGGAGAGGCUGCGCCGCGAGGAGGCGUACUACCAGUUCAUCGACGGGCUGAGCGAGGACGAGUACCGCCUCAUGAGGGACAGCAACCUCCUGGGCACGCCAGGUACGCGGGUCCCCCUGCCUGGCCCGGUGACACUGCCCCCUGCUGGGCGGGGGUUUGAGGCUGCGCUUGCUGGGAGAUCAGAUGAGGUCGCUUCACUGGCCCGAUACAGUUUCUUGCAUUAGGAGUUCGUCUUUUCGCAGA